CGUUUUGUUCAUUAACAGGACCAGAGAAAGUUUCAGAUGGGUGACAUGGAUGAUGCCGCUGAAUGCUUUGAAAAUAUACUUUCCCGGUUGCAUUUUCACUUGGUGAUGAGUGAACAUGAUGAUGGCUGCAACGCCCAGCAUUGUAUCACACACCAGAAGUUUGCAAUGCAUUUAAUUGAGCAGACAAUAUGCCAUUGUGGAGAGAGAUCAGAACCACUUCCUUUCUUCCAGACAGUUCAUUAUGUUUCAGCAUCRGCAUUAUGUGCUGAGGGAAGGAAAAAUGAAAAACUYGCAAGACCAGAGUAUGACUACAACAAACACUUUGGUACUCUCCUCAGACUKACUGGCCAAGACACAAAACUUUGCAAUGGUCAAGAUUGUGGAAGACGGAUUCAAGUUCAAAGACUCUUACUGAAUUGCCCUGAUAUAAUUAGUAUCGGUCUAAACUGGGAUUCUGAAUCGCCCGAUGCUGAACACAUAGCAGAAGUUCUACAAUGUAUUGGUACSACGUUGAAAUUACCCCACAUUUUUCAUCAAGUUUCGUCAAAGACUGCACAGCAAGCGACGUUGCACCUUGUUGGCAUAGUAACAUACUAUGGUAAACAUUACUCAACGUUCUUUUUUCAUAGCAAAUUACAAACUUGGAUAUACUUUGAUGACGCUAAGGUUAGAGAGAUUGGACCAGACUGGUCUGUUAUACGAGAYAAGUGUCGUCGYUGUCACUACCAACCRCUUCUUCUCCUCUACGCAAACCCAAACGGGACAAAAAUCAACGUUGCUACUGCUCCUAAAGAAAAAAUAUUCAUAAACCCAUCGGCGAUUGUACGGAAGACYGAAAUUAGUCCGAUGAAUAGGCGAAUAAGUGCCGAAGUUACCCGACACGAUUACGAACGACAUCGYAARAGRAGCCGACCGAGUAGUCCUGAGAGUGGCUUAGUUGAAAGUGAUUCAGAGAGCAAUUUUAGUACACUUAAGUCUGAAUCAAAGAGCAAGACAAAGUCUUCKUCAACCAUUGARGGCUCAGACGAUACACUCAAAGCACGCGAUAACAUAGAAAAAACUUUGAAUGAAGAUGACAACACUUUGAAAGCUCAAGACCRUAGCAGAAUACAUCGAAAGGACAUGGUUUCGUUAAAGGACGACAAGUCACCGAAGUCUCGCCGAAGUAAGUCAUGUGACUGGCUCGAGGAUGGGUCGGCACGUUCGAGUAAAACUCGUAUCAGGGGCAGAACGGGGAGUACUGGGUCCGACGUGACGGAGACACUGAAGAGAAAGCAUCGCGAUAAGAGCGGGAAAACAAAGAAGACAGGACUGAGGAGGAUUGGUAGCGCGAUAUUUCAAGCAAUGAAGCCCGCCGUAGCUAUAUCACACAUGAAAACUUCAAAGAAGAAAUCAAAAGACCGUGCGUCMAUUACGUCGUCAAACGGGGAGCUGAGUCCAAGCUCUGAGACAACAAAGCAGGACGGCCUUCGUAUGAACGACCAAGCUCAACUAGAUGGUUACCUUCGAUCUCCCAGUCACGACAGCGGUAUUGGAUCGGCAACGGGUUCCGUCAGCUCGUCGGACACUAACCAUGGCGGCAGUGACGAUGACUUGGUGGAAUAUAGUCAGACUCUUUCAGCGAUGAGAAAUGGUCAUGGGAUAAAUGGAAAAGUGAAUGGAAGAAAUCGGAAAGUCAUAUUCCUCUUUAUCAGUGCUUACUCAUUGUAA